AUGGGCAUUAACAUGGAGUUGCACCCCAACCCCCUUUGCAGCUAUACCAGCCUCUACUCUUCUGUGAAGGCUUUCUACAGGCUUUUGGAGUGGGCCUGUGAGAGUCUGUGCCCAUUCAGUCAAAUGAGCAUCUGUGAGCUCAUGCAGUGGGGACAAACCACUAAACAGCAGAAGAUCAAGCCAGCGAAGCUCCAAAAUCACUCAUCACCUCUUCAGAGAUUGAACAGAAAUGUGUCUCCGUUGAAAAUGGAACGCCUGACCAGAGGAGACAGGAUCAAAGACAGACCUGAUCGCUACAGCGACUCAGACGAAGGGGAUUACCACACGCCAGAGGAACCUGUAACGCACUUCUUCCCUCCUAGAGGAGGCCAGUCAAGCAAAGAGUACGCAGACAGACUUCCGCUGAGAACAUGGGCUUCUCGAAGUGCAGCAGAAGAUGUCAAGAGUGUUCUGGACAUUCCUCCACGGCCGCCGAAGAGAACAAUAGGAAAUGCAGCGCCGGCUAUAAACAGAGACCUGAAACCAGGCAGACAGCCAAAGAUUACAUCAGAGCAACGACCACAGACUGUAGGCUCUAAUGAAAUGAGCUCAAGGAUACCACCAAGGCCAGUGAAAUCUCUUCCAAGGGACAUGGGAAGCCAGUUGUGUCCUCCAGUCACCAAACCCCAGACUUUUGAUCACGCUGGCGAUUCACCCCCACAUAGACCCCCACCCAGCACACCUCACCGUCCUACAAAGAGCGAUACACACACCUGGCCAGGCAGCAGCAGCAGCAGUUCAAGCCCACAAGGAAGUGAGACUGUUAACAGCCGGUCAUUGGCUCUCUCAGGGUUCAAGGGUGACACCUCCCAUAGACUCUCCCUGGAUCUGGAGUCACAUGACCUAGAACGAAGCUGCUCAGAGCAAAACAACGACCUGAAAGAUUCAGCGAAACGGCAGCACCACGAAUGGCCGCAAGUUAAACGAGAUGCCAACCAGGGCAGCUACACAGGCCACAGCAAACCAAUGGAGGGCUCUUCUGAGGAGGACUGGUACGUAGGAGCCUUCAGUAGAGUAGAGGCAGAACAUGCACUUCAUCUGGUGAACCGGGAAGGAGCUUUUCUAGUGCGUGACUGUUCCAGGAACACUACCAAUGAGCCCUUUGUCCUGGCCGUCUUCUAUGAAAACAGAGUCUUCAACAUCCAGAUCCGCUUCUGCAAGGAGACCUCUAAAUACACACUGGGAACCAGGAUCAAGACCAACGAUACUUUUGACUCUGUGGCGGACAUCAUUAAAUUCCACUCUAUCUUCCCUAUCGUUCUCAUCGACGGACGGAACCCCUCAGCAACCUCCCACCCAAAGAGACACUGCGUCCUUAUGUACCCAAUCACAGUACAGGACAUGAAUCAACUGCUGCACAUCUCCACAACCGGAUAAAAUAAACACAAUACUAUACACCUUCCUCUGUGCUGACAGAAGGCCCACAGAACAAAGAAGAACUUAAAAAGUUAUUUUAUUGAGUCAAAACAUUACACAAAUACACUGAUGUUUUUUAAACACAAAGCAAUGUAUUUACAAACAAAUUCCCAUUAAAGUAUUUUAAGUCAAACUCAUAA